AUGGUCAACCUCACGGUGAUGAGGGAUUUCCUUCUACUGGGAUUCUCAGAGGUCCGGGAGCUGCAGCUGCUCCACGCCGCGCUAUUCCUCCUGGUCUACCUGGCGGCCCUGGCGGGGAAUCUUCUCAUCGUUGCCGUCACCGUCCUCGACCGGCGCCUCCACACCCCCAUGUACUUCUUCCUCAGGAACCUGUCCGUCCUCGACCUCUGCUACAUCUCCGUCACCGUCCCCAAAUCCAUCCACAAUUCCUUGACCAACAAGAGAUCCAUUUCCUUCCUGGGCUGCGCCACCCAGCUCUUCUCAGUGCUCCUGUUUGCCUCGUCCGAGCUGUUCCUCCUCACGGCGAUGUCCCACGACCGCUACGCCGCCAUUUGCCUCCCUCUGCGCUACGAGGUCCUCAUGGACCGAGGGACCUGUGGGAAAAUGGCGGCCGCCUCCUGGCUCGGAGGGGGGCUGUUAGCACUGCUAUUAUCCCCUCGGACGCUCUCCCUACCCUUUUGCGGGUCCAUUCUGAUCCAACAGUUCUUCUGUGAUAUCGCCUCCGUGGUCCAACUCUCCUGCUCCGAAACACACCUCUUCAUCGAUAUGAUCGAAGUCACUGGGUUCCUUUCGGGUGUCUCCUGCUUCAUCUCCAUCGUCAUCUCAUACGUGUGCAUAUUCCGGGCCGUGCUGAGGAUGCCGGCCUCCGAGGGCCGGGCCAAAGCCUUCUCCACCUGCUUGCCCCACCUCGUCGUCACGACCGUGUUUUUCACCUCGGCUGCCUUUGGUACCUUACAUCCAACCUCAGAUUCUUCUUCAGCUCUGGACCUGCUGGUGUCCGUGUUCUACACCGUGGUGCCUCCUGCCCUGAACCCCCUCAUCUACAGCCUGAGGAACAGGGACAUGAAGAUGAGUUGUAAAGUGUCCAGGACUGACGAGAUGAAGUGA